AGCUGCGUACAGCUAGUACCCAUAUAAGAUGGAUGCUGACCAGUUAGCAGCAUCAGUUCAACGCAAGCCUUUGCAAAACAGUCAACAGCUGCAGCCAACAAUAUGAAAUUCUUCUCAGUUGUCACCGUAUUCGUGCUCGGUCUCUUGGCUCUGGCCAGUGCCGUUCCACUGUCGCCCGAUGGAGGUGUGGUCAUCAACGGUGACUGCAAAUACUGCAAUGUCCAUGGCGGCAAAUAGGCAAACAAAACUUCUUCACUCUCAAUCUCAAGUUGUUUGUACCAUAUUUAUGUUCACACUGCAUUCAAAAUCUUAAACAUAUUUCCUAAUUAACAAUAAAUAAAAAAAAAAUAAAAAACAA